CUGCCGGGGGCCUGGGGGCGGGGUCUGAGCCAGCCUCUCCUGCCGCUGGGCCUUUGAGGUCUUCACCGAUCCUUGGCUGUCAGUUUCUGCCUCCAACUCCUUCCAGUCUCCAGCAUGCCUGGUCCGACUCCCAGUGGUACUAAUGUGGGCUCGUCAGGGCGCUCUCCCAGCAAAGCGGUGGCUGCCCGGGCGGCCGGAUCCACGGUCCGGCAGAGAAAAAAUGCUAGCUGUGGAACAAGGAGUGCGGGUCGCACGACCUCAGCAGGCACAGGGGGCAUGUGGCGAUUCUACACUGAAGACUCCCCUGGGCUCAAGGUUGGCCCUGUUCCAGUAUUGGUUAUGAGUCUUCUGUUCAUCGCUUCUGUAUUUAUGUUGCACAUUUGGGGCAAGUACACUCGUUCAUAGAUUCGGCUACAUCCAUCUGUCUGUCAUCUGAAGAAGAAGGAAAGAAACCCAACAUAUCUUGGACCAAAAGCAUAGUGAUUUUCUGUUUGUGAGAAGGAAAUAUACUGUAAGCUUAUUGUUUUACAGGGAACUUAACAAGAAUUGGUUUUAAGGAAUCAAUUUUUUUCUAUGGCUAAUAAACUUUUUAAUUAAUUUA